UGUGGCAGAACAUUCCCUCCUCGGCGUCUGUGGACCAGUCCGGAGCUCUUCCGGAGCUUCCUCUCCAGAUUUCUGCGGAGACUUGAACCACGUUUGUUCCAGCAGUCGUCAACAUGUCUCGAACCGGCAGUCAUGAAAACUUGGGAGCCACCUGCGUGUUGAGGACGAGAGGGAGCAACUGAAGGAAACACGCCGUAACCUCAUUUGUUGAAUGGAUGACGGCAUCCUGUGUUCCCUGUGAGGCUCUGCUCCUGUUCCGCUCUGCAGGACAAGGUCCUGCAGCAGAAAAGCAGGGAUGUACCAGGAAGUGGCUUUCUUGGCAGGAAGUACUGAGCACCAGUUUGUCCCAUUCCACUUUAAACGUGUGGCAAAUCCUCAAGAGGUCAGCUCCAAAAAAGGCCUCUUCUACAAAAGAGCCCAGCUCCUUCACCAGCCUCAGUCCAUUCAACAACAUGGAGGAGAAGCCGCUAUCAUCAAUGUGGGAGGAAUCAAGUUCUGUAUUCCAUGGUCCACAUUGGAGGAGUUUCCCAUGACCAGGCUGGGGAAGCUACACAGCUGCAGCAAUGAGGCUGAGAUCAUGGACGUAUGUGACGACUACGAUGGUAGUCGUAAUGAGUAUUUCUUCGACCGGAGUCCGUCAGCUUUCCGCGUCAUUGUCAGUUUUCUGGCUGCAGGAAAGCUCCGUCUGCUAAGAGAGAUGUGCGCCCUCUCCUUUCAGGAGGAGCUGCUCUACUGGGGAGUCGAGGAGAAAAACCUGGACUGGUGCUGCUUGAGAAAGCUUAGAAUUCGCCAAGAGGAGUACAAGGAGCAACAACGGCUGGAAGAAGAAGAGGCCGAGCUCAUCACGCCCCAGUCGUGCGAAGAGAGCCAACAUUUGGAAGAAGCGCCUGAAACCCAGUCAAAAGGUUGCAUGACCAGACUGAGAGACAUGGUGGAGAACCCACACUCCGGCCUGCCGGGGAAGAUCUUUGCAUGUCUGUCAGUCAUUUUUGUGGCCAUCACGGCUGUGACGCUGUGUGUUAGCACGAUGCCAGACCUCAGAGAAGAGGAAGAGAGGGGCGAGUGCUCCCAGCGUUGCUACAACAUCUUCGUGUUGGAGACGGUUUGUGUCGGCUGGUUCUCCUUGGAAUUCCUUCUGCGCUUCAUCCAGACGCAGAGCAAGUGCACGUUCCUGCGGACUCCGCUCAAUGUCAUCGACGUGGUGGCGAUCCUUCCCUAUUACAUCACCCUCAUAGUGGACUCCUUAUCGGUGGGAGGGAAAACUGCAGGCUCAGGAAACAACUACCUUGAGAAAGUGGGGCUGGUGCUCCGAGUGCUCCGGGCUCUGAGGAUCUUCUAUGUCAUGAGGUUAGCCCGCCACUCGCUGGGAUUGCAGACCCUUGGACUAACGGUGAAACGGUGCACCAGGGAGUUCGGACUAUUGCUGCUGUUUCUCUGCGUAGCCAUGGCCCUCUUCUCACCUCUGGUGUUCCUGGCUGAGAGUGAGUUCGGGGCCAAACAGGAGUUUACCAGCAUCCCUGGCAGCUACUGGUGGGCAGUGAUCUCCAUGACCACAGUCGGCUAUGGUGACAUGGUGCCGAGAAGCAUCCCAGGACAGGUGGUGGCCUUGAGCAGCAUCCUGAGUGGCAUUCUCCUCAUGGCGUUUCCGGUCACCUCCAUCUUUCACACCUUCUCCCGCUCCUACCUGGAGUUGAAAGAGGAGCAGAACCGGGCGCUCAGGCAGAAGCUGGACUCGCAGGACAGCACUAAAUCCCAGAACAGCGAGGACUCACAGGAGACGGACAGUUACCAUGGCAUCACAGAAGCCACUGCAGCUUCGUUGCAAAAGAGGAAGACAUUGGCUUUUCAGCGAGCGGCCGAGCUCAGAGCAUCCAAGCUGACAUAAAGUGUUGGAAGGCUGCGCUGUGACUGUCUCGAUUGCUCCGGUGGUGAGACCUGGUAGAUCAAAAGACGUGCUUCUAUACCAGCAUGAAGUCGAGGCCCCUUUAUUUCAUGUAACCUUUGGAACAUUUGGAAUGAAGACACCAUACCACAGGACACAUGUUCACCCUUCAAAUCUCACUUUUACAGUGGCUGCCAGCAUGGGCCUUCCUUCUGUGUUCGCAGCUCCUACGCUGGCAUUACCAACCUCCGUUUUCUCCUUGAACUUGUGCAUCUAAAACAAUGUUCUUUAUCAUGUUCUAAUCUGAAUGACUGACUCGUCUCAUCAAAACAUGGAUGAGGGCUCACUUCAAGAGCAGCAAACCCUUUACAGAGUAGCACAUCCCGAUUCACUUGACAGUGUCACAUGCCUGGUCAUCUCAAGUAUUAUACCAUCAUCUGUGUGGUCUUGGACAGACUUCGACUCCUCUGCGCAGCUUGUUUGGACAACCGUGUCCAGCUGCAGUUGUUUCAGAGCCGCCAAUCGAGAGCUGGAAUUGGACGUGUCAGUAUAACAAACAUGGCUUCUUUUUUACUAUUACUUAACAAAACAGCAUUUUGUGGAUUUAAUAAUCCAUUUUUUAAGCAUAGUUUAAAACAGGUUUGGGUUCGGCUUAGUUCCACAUUCUUGUCUCUGUGUUGAGAAACAGUUCUGAGAGUGCUGCUGCUGCUGGAUGCCUCUCUGUUAGGAAGCACAGCGGAUCACUUUAACUGUAAUUAAUGCAGCGAGUGUUUCUCCUUGGAAACCACAGCAACCAGUGCAGUUGAUCUUUCAGGUAGGAAGUCAGUCAACAGAAGCGUUUCAUUCAAAAUAAGACAGCCGGGAUGUAAAACAUCUACAUUAACCGGCAACGCAGGCAUCAAGCCGUCAGGUGAAGGACGACCUCACUUGAUAAAUGUAAGGCCAGAUGUUUGUCUUGGAAGAGGUAAAGUUGCACCAUUUCUAACAUGUUCCCAACUACAAAGUCAGAAAAGGUAUAUUGUUCCCUUUAAAUGCCAGUUGUGCACCGACUACCACGGCAUAUCUGCAGUCUUGGAGAGAUGGAGUGAUCUGGAGAAUCCAGCCAGCAAGGAUGCUUCUCUCUGAGAAGCUGCUGCUGUGCUCCGCAGACCCACAUAUGUACUUCUCAGCCAUAUAAUCCACAAACUCAGAGCAGACGCUGUUACAUGGACACACUGCUCUGUAUUAGCCAACAAGUCAGAUCCCGUCCAAACAAUAGCAUCAAUCCAUUUGGUCCAGCAGGUCAAGAGCUAAUGCACAGUCCUCAGCUUGAAUGCCUUGAUCAGCACGUGUACAGGAUCUGCUAGUUGCUGAGGUGUCGAAUCCCCCACCAGUGGGAGUCUGCUCCUGUGGACCCCAUGCUGUAAAGAUCAUGUUUUCAUGUCUGCCGCAUCCCUGAAUAAUUCAAGUCCGUAUGCAUUCCAUUACAUCUAAUAUGCUUAAGGUUUCCAGCCAACUCCAGAAAGGAAUGUAGCGUGAAGGACCUUGCCCAAGGGCUCAUAGUGGUUACGCUCUUAUCUUGGUUACUACACCCCCUCCAUCGCCUGCCCUCAAGCCUCUGACUGUGCGUUGCCUUCAUCUAUUGCCUUCAUCUUCUGCAAAGUAGGAAGUUGUCCAGCGAGGGAGAGCGAAUCACAGAGACAACCUCCUACUGUUCACGACUUUCGCUGCAGAUCACUAGUCCAUCAGCAUAAUUGCUCUUAGGUUCACCAUCAUGAAGAAGGGCUACGAAUGCAUUUCAGAAACGAUAACGGUCAAGUGUCCAACGUUGUUUGCUCCAGUUCUCGCACACUAAUAGUUCACUUUGUGGUAGGGCUUUCGCUCGUGUAAAUGUCAUGCAUUUGUCUGGUGCAUGUGCAGGAAGUUCUUAUUCAUUUCUCUUCAACAAUCCUUG